UUCACCUCUCUCUCUCAUCUCGCAGAGAUUAUAUUCAGCGCCUCUUCAUCUCAUAAUGGACAGAUCCAAACCUGCUCUUAGGAAAUUGGCAACCGAAGGUGAGAACAUUCUCCUAGAGAUUAAGAUUCUUCUAGAGAUUGAAGCAGAGGUUCGAGAAUGGUGGGAAGAGAAAGGCGUUUUUGUCCAUGCUCAUCAAUCUCCUGACAACCCUCACUAUCCAAGUGAUGAUGAACUGGGGGAUGAUCGGAAGAAGUGGUUUGAAAACUACCUGUUUGGUGGUUUAUCACGACGGGCAUUCCUAAUCUCUAAGCUAGAGUGUUGUUCAGCUUAUCAUAGAUUAAGAAAUGAUGAUGUGCCAUGGAAUGUCAAAUCCUCAGGCGCAGACGAACUUCCAGAGAAGAUUAUACAUCUGUUGAUUGGAGAACCACCAGUAUUUCCAACAGUUUGGAGAGCUGCCUAUUCUACUGAUGCCAUGAGACUCUCCUUGGCUUGUUCUUGUGAUGGUGGUGAUUCUCCUAGAAUAUUAUUUAAUACUGCAAAUUCUGCUAUCCGAAAGCUCACUAAAGAGAUGUCAUGGAUUAGUGAACAACUAGCUUAUAUGGCUGCUGCUGCAGACUCUUCUUCUUUUGUGAGAAGAAUCAGAAGAGAUGGCCCCCCCAGUACUUUUGCGGACAAGGUGUUUGCGAAUGAGAUCGAUAUCGCUGUACAUAACAGUGAUCAUUAUUACCAAGCUUGUAUGUUUCAAGAAGCCCUGAUUGCUGGCUUUCUUCAACUUCAAGCUGCCAGGGACUGGUAUAGGGUUUCCUGCGGACCUUGUGGUAUGAACCAUGAUUUGGUGCUACGCUAUAUUGAUGUGCACACACGGCUAAUUGCUCCAAUCUGUCCACACUAUAGUGAAUAUGUCUGGCGGGAAUAUUUGAAACAGGAGGGGUUUGUAGUAACUAAUUCAGGCUGGCCUGCCGCUGAUGCCCCGGAUUUGAUACUCCAAAGUGCCAAUAAGUAUUUGCAAGAUCUAAUUGAAUUUAUGAGGGAGCUUGAAACGAAAUUCCAAGAGUUAGAUGAUGGUAUAUAUGAUGCGACAGAAGAAGAAAAGAAAGCAGUAGGUUUGAUAUAUGUUAAGGAGGAAGUUGAUGGAUGGGAAGCAAAGUGCUUGAGGAUACUCCAAGAUAACUUUGACACUGAAACAAAGACUUUUUCUGCUCCGGACGAGGACAUGCUAGAUGGAUUGAUAUCAUACAUCUAUGGUGAUUUUACCAUUCGCCAGGAUAUAGAUUAUAGGCAAACUGAACAGCUAUGUACGUCAUUUCUGAAGUUGAAGAAGGAAGAAGCAGUAAAUUUUGGGGCUGAUGCCUUAGAGUUGAAACUACCAUUCGGAGAGAUUGAGGUCCUUCAAGAAAACUUGGACUUGAUUAAGAGAGAAAUCGGCCUUCACGCGGUUAAGGUACAAGCUUAUUCUGGCACCAAUGGUCUUGAAGAUUUUACACUGGAUAGUCCUCCAUCCCCUGGACGGCCAGCUGCAGCCUUGGUGAGCCGUGACUUCUAUGAGAAAAUGGAACGUACUGCUCCUGGAGUAUGGGAAUUCAAACGUCAUCAGUUCUCAGAUAAAGUUCUUACUCCCACGUCUCGUCCUCCCUCUGAGCUAUUGUACCAGCAGAAAAAGAAACAUCCAUUUAAGUUGUUCCAGGAGAAAAUGGAACAUUCUGAUCUUAGAGAACCAAAACCGAAUGAUGAUCAACUCCCAGAUAAAAUUCUUGCUCCAUUAUAUCAUCCUCCCUAUGAGCUAUUGUUUCAGGGCUCAUUCAAGAAGGCAAAACGUACUGCUUCUGUUGAGGACAAAUGGCUCCUGGUAAACUUGCAAUCGACUAAGGAAAUCAGCUCACAUAUGAUUAAUCAAGACACCUGGGCUAAUGAAGCUGUCUCAAAAAUCAUCAGCACUAAUUUUAUCUUCUGGCAGGCGUAUGAUGAUUCAAAUGAAGUCAGGAAAAUUUGCACCUACUACAACUUGGUAUAUACACCUGUAGUACUUAUCAUUGACCCCAUAAGUGGUGAAAAUAUGCGUUCGUGGUAUGGAAUGGUUCAACCAGAAUGUCUGCUGAAGGAUCUAUUAGUACAAUUUUUGGAAAAUAGCCCCAAGGAUCACCAUCAUCCAGGAGAAGAAAGUUCUCAACCUCAGCUAGAGGAAAGUGACGAUGAUUCGGUUGGAGAUAAAAUUGAUGAAGAAGAUGAGGAACUGCAGUGGGCAUUGGUAGCUUCCUUGAAAGCAUGAAGGUGACUCAAUACAAGUUGAGGAAGUAAACAUCUCCGACGAUAAAAAGCCGAUCAUUAGCACUGAUGAGGAGGAGAAAGGAACAGAAGCGAUAAGAACCUUAGCGCAGUUUAGUUGAAUUUAAUUAACCUAGCUCGACUUAGUGAGAUCACUAACCUUAAUUAGCCGGCAGUAGUGCUUCUUUCUUCAUCAAUGAAUUCCCAGUUUCUGAGUUGCAAGUUCUGUCUUUGCUGAUUGUAGAAACACUUUCUUUCUCUUCUU